UGCGUGUUUGUUAUGAGAAAAUCGUUUGACUAAGAAGUUGUCUUCACUUGCAAGCUUGUUUCGUGACAGAGAAGUUGUUGGGAAGUGAAGUUUGAGAUUUACGACGAAGAUUAAUCCCCGAUCAGAUAAAAGUAAAAAUGUUUCUGAAUCGAAUUGAAUGGAGAUUCAAGCCAAUUUUCGUUUGAUGAACAGAUUUUAACAUUGUUUUGUUAUCAUGAACGAAAGUGAGAUUGAUGUUAGUGAAAAUGAAACAGAGCUAUUUGACUUUGCUAAUAACAGUUUUUUCAACUUCAGCAAUGAGACCAACGGCAAUCUUGAUGUUACGGCGUUUACAAAAGAAUCUAGAAUCGAAGCAAUAGUUUAUGGAAUUCUGUUCAUAGUAGCCGCUGGUGGAAAUCUCCCUGUUCUUUGGAGCCUUUUAAAAAACCACAGGCGUAAAUGUCGUAUACAGACGAUGAUAUUCCACUUAGCGAUAGCAGAUUCCAUUGUCACAUUUAUAAUGAUACCACUUGAAAUUGCUUGGAGAAUCACUGUUGAAUGGAUAGCUGGGGACAUCGCUUGCAGAAUAAUGCUUUUCUGGAGAGCCUUUGGACCUUACUUGUCGUCCAUGAUAUUGGUUUGCAUCAGUCUAGACCGCUAUACAGCUAUUGUCCACCCUCUGAGAGUGCACGACGCUCAAAGAAAAUCCCGCAUCAUGUUGGGUGUCGCAUGGCUCACAAGUUUUGUUUGCAGCAUUCCUCAGUGUUUUAUAUUCCACGUCGAAUCCCAUCCAGUACAAAAAACCUUCCAAGCACAUUACCAAGAAGUCAUCUAUAACAUAUUUUGCAUCUCAGUGGUUUACUUGUUUCCCCUCAUUGUCAUCAUCUACUGCUACUCCAAAAUUAUGUGGGAGAUUCACAAGAGAUCCAAUACAAACAACAAUGAACCAAACCUUCCUGAUCGCUCAUUAUCUAGACGUCUUCAUCUACGAAUCUCCGAUGUCUCGAGGCUGGAGAAAUCAAGGGCGCGAACUUUAAAAAUGACCGUAAUCAUCAUCAUCACGUUUUUCUGCUGUUGGACGCCUUAUGUGGUCAUCGAUCUGUGGUACCUUUUCGAUCCGAACUCUGCUGAAGCUAUAGAUUCGAGAGUGCAGUCAUCACUGUUCAUGUUUGCUGUUUCCAAUUCCUGUGUCAAUCCAUUGGUGUACGGUAGCUACAUGUUUGAUUUCUCAGCUUUCUUUCGAAAACUGAUUCCAUGUACCCGAACUCGCUUGCACAGAGAAGCUACCGUCAUCACUCACUUAACUCACAUGCCUGUGAACGAUAACAACAGACUGUCACCCAAGAAUCCUCACCAAGAAUGCGAAGCAAUUGAACUUAGAGAGGCAACACCCGCAAAGCGGUAUCGAGCCAGAGAAUUGCCAAAUAUCAGUCAUUCCGGUCGUCGUACCCAUUCGGGUCCGGAAUACGAUUAGCUUGUGAUUGAUCACAAAUUGAAUAUUUUUUAGCCCUUGAGCAGCCAAACCAUUGACGAUUAAUUUGACCUUAGAAAAAAUGAAAGUCAUACAGAAGUAAAAGUUUUAUAGUGCAAAAAAACAAUACUUUUGAGUUUUUAAAGAUUUUAUAAUAUAGUUUUUUAAUGUAAUGUAAUUUUUUUAAGCACUAGAAAAUCACGUAAUAAUAUUAACAGGUAGUGUAAUAUACCGCAUUACAGACUAUUCUUGCACAGUGGUACAAAUUAUAACUGUUUCUUUGAAGACAGAGGAUCACAAAAUGCUUCGUUACCAAUCAACGGCAAUUUUGAAAUGACGAAAGCAGGCAUUCUCUUCAAGCUAGAACGUAUUUAUUAUGAGGGUUAAAAUUAUAUCUGCUGGCUGUUCUAGGUAUUUCCAUGAUUAUUUGGUUUAGAAAUCUUUACUGGCCAAUUAAAAUUUGAUAUGCAGUGAAACCUCCAGGAGAUACACCACCUCUAUGUAGCCAUCAUCUCUAUUGACCACCCCUCUUUUGUGAGGCACGGAAUUUUUUCCAUUGACUUUGUGUUGAUGAGAACCUUUAGGAGAGACCAUUAAAGCCUCUCCCAGUCAUCGGUCAAACAUCUACCAAAUGCGGAAAUGGUCAAAUAAGGAAACAUGAAAAAUUAUCAAAACAAAAAAAUGUAACAAAACAAAUAAGUAGAUUAAAAUGCAUUCGAAAUAUUUGUGUGACGCUUUUAUAGCUCUCUUUGAUGAUACAGCCUCAUUUUGCAGUCAGAGUUCACAAAAGACGAUGCGGUCAAUGAUUUAUUUUCCGAGUUGAAAGUUAAGUUAGAAAAAAAGCUUGUUUUGGAAAAAACAACCGUCUCAAACAAACAAACCUCUUUUUCAUCCU